AUGGAAGCUCUCGAUAGUGGCCGAAAAUCGGAGCGCAUUGCGGUCAAUGUGGCCAAGCAGCAGGGCCAAGACUCGCUGAAUAACUCGGGCGAAAGUGGCUACAGUGACGAACAGCCGUCCGACGAGGAGGAGGACUUGCAGCGGAAGUCAAGUUUGGCUAAUCAGCCGUGCCCGGUCUACGGUGGAACCGGAUUGGAGUCUGACAAAUGGAGCCAGAUGGUUGGACGAUUGGAUAAAUGUUUCGUUAGUAGGUCGGUGUCCAAUAUCUACCAUUUCGCCGUCGCACGUGUAUUGCGAAAGGCGCACAGCGAGUCCGAUAUGAAAUCGCUGGAGAAUGUCGAACGAGCGAACCAGUUUUGCAAUGAAAAGAUCGAAGAUUUGCCCAUCUUCCCGUACGAGGAAGAUGAAGCAGGUCCGGAGCAGGAGGAAAUUCCUGUGGUAUUGCGAAAGAAGCGUAGGUCGGCCUCGAAGAAGGGCAAGAAAAGGCACAAUGAUGCGGGUCAGAAGGAAUCGGCCCAGGACAUGUUUCUCCGAUUGAUGAACCUAGCCGAGGCAGGACAGGAAGUGGAGGAAGAGGACGAAGAUGGUGAGGACGAUGAUGGCGAGGAGCAGGACUUUGAGCGAACCGGCACCGGGAACGACAACGCCGAGGGCGAGUACAGCGAGAACGAAAGUGCAAGUGAGCUGAGUGAGGAGGAGCUAGAGUGUUUGGAGUUGGCAGUAAUGGACGAACGUGCCGAAUCCUCGGUUACGCAGGAACGCCUCGCCGGACCGGAUGCAUCGUCACACCCCGACGCCGAUCGGGAGCUAUCGAGUGAGGAACUGUUCCAACGGAAACGGGAAGCACGUCUGCAAAGAAUGGCCGAACUCAAUUCCAGGUUGGACCGAUACUCGUCACCAACGCCCUCGGCAUCCCCUGCGGAAGAUCCACAAGCAGCACAGCACGAAGGAACGGGCAGCGCCGUAGAUCAGCCCGACGACCAGGUAGUGCUGAGCGAAGACGAACAGAAAUACCUGCAGAGACGUGCCGAGCGGUUGGAGCGGCUUGAGCGCGAAGCGAAGGAGUUCCGCAAUAGGCUUUCCAGAACGGUCCACCGGGGUACCGAAAUAGCGGCACAGAUCGAUGAGAUCCACAAUGGGUUCAUCGCUCGUCAGUCGGAAUCGUCUCCCGUGCCUGGAUGCUCGGGAGAGGCCCAAACGAGCCCCACGGUAGACCUGUCCUGUCUCACCGACAAAGAACGUGAGUACACAUCGGCACGGGCCGAGCGACUUGGACGGCUCGAGAACGAAAGUCAAAAGUUGCUGAGGCAAAUGAAUCAAACCAUGCGACGGGGCAGCAGUCUCACGACGAAGCUUGACAUGCUGCACAGUCGGUACGGUUCCCCGGCGACUAAUGAACCGGAAGCAAGCGUCGAAACGAACAGCUCAGAACAAACGAAACCUGGCGAUGAAUCUGUGCCAAUAGAAUCUUGCGCACCAGAAUCGGUGGAGUUGCCAGCUCAGCAGGAAAGCGCCGUGGAGCAGGAGCGACAAGAUUACACCGUAGCCGGACCUUACAUGCCCAUGGGACCAAUAGAGUUAGUGUUUGUGUCGGACGAGCGAGGAAAAAAUCCGCCGAACGUUCUGACGUUAUAA